AAGAACUUGGCAUUGUCGAUUCAUGUGGAAAAUAUUUUUAAGAAUGCAAAGUGGAAAAACUGGAAAGAUGCAUUGACGUUCAAAAAAUGGCGCGGAUUUUUAAAUCCCAAAACCGUCCUUCUGCAACAGAAAACCUUACCAUUUCAAAACGAAGAGAUGGUGGUUGUCACAGAGAAUCGUUUUGGUGGCUCUYCACGGCUCGUUAGACUUSUAUUGAAUAGCGAAACAAAACUGAAAACAAGAAAUGGAAAAAUUAAUGUACUGGAACACAAUUUCAUCCUCGGGAAGAAACAUGGUGAAAUCGUCCACUUGAAUGAUAUAACAUACAAAUUACAAAGGGCUUCUCUAGAAGAUUAUGUUUUGUAUAUGAAGAGAAUUGCUACACCUUCGUACCCUAAAGACAUACAAGCAAUGUUAUCUAUGGCUGAAGUCAGGCAAGGAAGUGUGGUGUUAGAGGCAGGAACAGGMUCUGGUGCUUUGACACUCUUUCUGUCUCAUGCAGUUGGUGACAAUGGRCAUGUACACAGUUUUGAUAGCAAUGAAAAGCACUUCAAGAAAGCAAAAGAAAAUGUGUCCAAUUGGAUCAUCUCCUGGAAUAAAACUAAAUUCCCRCAAUGGCCAGAAAAUGUGACUUUUUAUCAUACAUCAUUAAAGAAUUGCMGAGAUACACUGCCUAUAUUUUGUAAAGUGGAUAUGAUUUUGUUAGACUUGCAAUCACCUGAAAACUAUUUGGAAUUCUUGAUGCCUGUUAUAAAAGAGGAAUGCCCUGUUGUCAUAUUUCUUCCCAGUAUCACCCAAAUAGUGGAUGUUGUGAGUCAYUGCAACAAAAAGAAACUUCCAUUUGCUGUUGAUAAGGUUGUAGAAGUUUCUCAUCGAUUGUGGAAAAUACAACCUGUUACCCCUGUAGACUGUGAUAUAGAGGAAAAUCACAAAGAUGCAGAGAAUGGCAGCAUAGAAGAAACUAUGUCAUCAGUUAAAUAUGCUGCUAAGCCAUCCUUUCAGCAGUUUCCACAUACUGGUUUCAUCUUGAAGCUAAUUCAUAGAGAAUAGAAACUGGAAGGUUAUAAAUUAAAGCUUCCAUAAUUAUUAAUAUUUAUCAUUUUUAUAAAUAUCAUAUUUACAAUCAUGAUGUUUUUUAUACUUGUCACACAAAG